CCAAUCCAAGCUUCAUCAAACGAGAGUUGAUCAGUUGACACGGAAUUCAUCAGUGUUGUGGCAGUGCGUAGAAUGCAGUAGAACGUAAAAAUAAGUGCGACGUUUAAAAAAGCUAUAUUUAUUUAUAAAUUAUAGUUUCUUAUAAGAAGAAUCGAAGAAUUUGUUUAAAAUGUUUCGCGUCCUUGUAUGCCUGUGCGCUGUAUUAGCGCUGGCUAAUGCAAAUCUUGUGAGGAUUCCACUGCACAAAAUAGAUAGUGUUAGAAAACAAUUUAAAGAACUUGAUACAGGAAUGGUUCAAUCACGCAUUGUACAAGGAAGCGAACCUACUCCCGAGCCUCUUUCUAAUUAUGUUGAUGCCCAAUACUAUGGUGUUAUCAGUAUUGGUACACCGCCUCAGGAUUUUAGGGUAAUAUUUGACACAGGCUCUUCGAAUCUUUGGGUUCCCUCUAAAAAAUGUCAUCUGACCAAUAUCGCUUGCAAGUUGCAUCGUAAAUACGAUAAUACCAAAUCGUCAACUUAUAAAAAGAAUGGCACUGAUUUUGCCAUUCGUUAUGGUUCUGGAAGUCUCUCCGGUUAUUUAUCAACCGACACUGUACACAUCGCUGGGCUGAAAGUUACAGAUCAAACAUUUGCUGAAGCCUUAAGUGAGCCUGGAUUGGCCUUUGUUGCUGCGAAAUUCGAUGGUAUUAUGGGAAUGGCGUAUUCGAGAAUUGCCGUGGACGGUGUAACGCCAGUCUUCUAUAACAUGGUCAAACAAGGAAUAGUACCCAGUCCUGUUUUUAGUUUUUAUUUGAAUAGAAAUCCUGACUCUGCCUUUGGCGGAGAACUGAUAAUUGGUGGUUCUGAUCCAAAUCAUUAUGAGGGUGAAUUUACGUAUGUCCCUGUAGACCGAAAAGGAUAUUGGCAAUUCAAGAUGGACAGAGUUCAAAUUGGCGCUGAUACUAAUGUGUGUAAAGAUGGAUGCGAGGCUAUUGCGGAUACAGGUACUUCUUUGAUAGCAGGACCCGUCGACGAAGUUAAUGCUAUCAAUAAGAAAAUCGGAGCUAUUCCGAUUGCAGCAGGAGAAGCAUAUGUGGACUGUAACUCGAUUCCCAACCUGCCUACAAUUGCGUUCGUAUUUGGUGGUCGCUCUUUCCCACUAAAAGGCGAAGACUACAUUUUGCAGGUUAAAGCAUUAGGAAAGACUGUAUGUUUGAGUGGAUUUAUGGGAAUGGACAUUCCUCCACCUAAUGGUCCAUUGUGGAUUUUGGGAGACACAUUCAUCGGCCGUUACUAUACUGAAUUCGAUAUGGGAAACAACCGAGUUGGUUUCGCUGUAGUAAAAUAGAUACAUUUAAAAAGUUCGUACAUGUAAUCAUUCCGCAAAUUGUGUUAUGUCUCCCGCGUUUAAUAAGAUUACUUGCGAUUACUUCUUUCGUGUGUAUAAUAGAAGGAAAUUUAAAAUAAUACUGUACUUCGUGGUUAAGCAGAACUGAUUAUAUAUAAUUGUAAAAUGUAUAAAAUGAAUUCCUAUAAGAGUAACGCAAUAAAUAAUGUUUUUCACAUUA